AUAUGAUUUCUCCCACCCAAGAGAAAGCUAAAAACUAUGUGCCAUGUCCUAGGCCCAGACACCUAAAUGAAUUAAGAGGCAAAAACUUUUUAGUUUGGGUUCUUUGUUUGCAAGCGGGCAAACCAAUUUUGGCUACUUUAAGGAAGAAAGGGAUUUAUUUGAAAGAAUAUAGGGUAGAUGAACACAUAAUUCUCUGAAAGGAUUCAAACCAGGGCUCCUUAAGGGAUCCAGUGACAGGAGUCCUUUCAGAAUCCCAGAGUCUCUUCUGGGAUGGAUCUAUCUCAACCAUGGCCUUUUGUUUGCUUUGUUACUCUAAGAGAGAGUUAGAUUGGCCUAACCCUCUUUGGUUUCAUGACCAUCCUUAGAUCAGAGGAAGGUGAAGAGCACUGAAGGAUGUUCCCCUUGAGAUUGCAGAGGUAGACUUUGGGUCCCCAAAGGGAAAGUAAUAAUUGUGACAAAAAAGGGAGGAGAUGAUGUGGACAAACAACAGGUAUCUUUUCCAGGGUUCCUUGGAUCUCAUCCAGAGUAUUGAAGAUGACCCUCUUCUGGACACCCAGCAGCUUCCACAUCACUCUUUAUAUGCUCAUUUUAGGCCCAGAUUCCACCCUCUUCCUACUGUCAUCAUAGCAAAUCUUCUCUUGCUGAUACAUCUUGUGUUUGUUAUUUUAGCAUUUUUAACAGGUGUGCUUUGUUCUUACCCCAAUCCAAUGGAGGACAAGUGCCCAGGAAACUAUACCAACCCACUGAAAGUUCAGACAGUCAUAAUCCUUGGAAAAGUUAUUUUGUGGAUUCUGUAUUUCCUUCUUGAACGAUACAUCCAGUAUCACCAUUGCAAAGUAAGAAACCGAGGCUAUAACAAGAUCUACCGGUCAACAAGACAUCUGAAAAGACUUCCACUGAUGAUACACUCCACUGGCAGCACGGCACUCCUCCUUCUCCUCUGCCUGCAGCACUCCUUCCCUGAGCCCAGCACAUGGUACCUGAACCUCAUUUUGGCCACCCUGGCCCUGGAGCUGAUCUGUUCCCUGACGUGCCUGCUUGUGUACACAGUGAAAAUUCAAAAAUUUAAUAAAGCCAAGCCACAGCCUGAUGUACUUGAAGAAGAAAAAAUCUAUGCUUACUCCAACAAUGUUACCUCGGAGACUGGAUUCAGGCCUCUCUCGAGCCUGGAGGAGCUUGUGGAGAAGCAGGGAGACAUCAUAGGGUACUUGAAGCGGCACAACGCGCUCCUCUGUCAGCGGCUGCUGGCCGUCUCGUCCUCUGACCUCGGCUCGCAGCCAAGUGGGAUUUGACAGCAAUUCCAGAGGAACCAGAGUCACUUAAGACUGAUCAACUCCCUGACAAGGUGUCACAGGAGAUUGCAGCUUUGCCAAGUAACAUUCUACAGUUUCUGUUGGAAACCUGAAUCUGAUUCUCACCUGUGUGACUGUUUAACAAGUAGGACUCAUGGAUCAUUUGAAAGGCACUUUGAAGAGCCUUGAUAACUCAUGGAAAAUAUAUCUUUUGCACGUUUUGAAAUUAUUUAACCACUUGGUUUAUCCUAGGUCAAAGUGUAGUUUAAACAUCUCCUUGGCCAACACUUCUUCCGUACUCUUUGAAACCUGGUGAUAAUUUGUCUUUUGUAAAGAAAGUCUGACAUGACAACCUACUUAAAAUGGGGUUUUGAUCAAAUGAGUUUUUCCCACUUUUAUACAGGUGAGAGAAGUCAUCAUUUCUCAUGUUUAGUGGUUUUUUCCAUGGAGCCUAUGCAUUUAUAUGCUUCUGUGGUACUGGAUAUCCUUGGCCCUUAUAGUCUUUUAUAAAGAAUUUUCCACUAGGUGACUUACCUUCCAAACCUUACAGUUUUCCAUCCUCCAGAAGUAAGAUUUGAAGUUUGCUUGGACCAGUGUUAGGCCAACCAGUGCUGCCUGUGGCAGCAGCAGGGCCUGUGAUUGGCAGCAGCUGAAAUGGAGAACACUUUAGGCUUUCUCUUUCUUUACUUUGACCCUUCUUUGAGAGAUUGCUGUUUCAGUAUUGACCAGUUGUCAUUGAAUCAAUAAGUUCACUGAUUUAAAAGGAAUCUUCUGUGGCUUUAAGUUUGUCUGAAAGAAAAAAAAGAACUUUUUUUUAGUCUUGGAUUAUACUUAAAAAUUAUGAUGGGAAAAAAAUGUAUUAACUGUUUAUAUACAGAUAUUAAACAUAUCUAAUUCUUCAGAUAAAAUGAAGCAUUUUUAUGUGUAAAUGGCAUUUUUUUCUCCAUUUUUCCUACUUUGCCCUUUACAUUUAUCAGUUUGCUUUUGGCACCUUUCCAUGCUGCCUCAGCAAACUUCUUUGUUGAAUGCUUAACAUGAGAGAGGAGAUAUUUGUGAUUACGUAUGCUGCUAAAAAUCUUUUUUGUAUUUAGCUGAAUAAUGAAUAUUUGAUUUAAAAAUCUUUGAGCUAUACAUAACUGUUUGACAAGGAAUGUCUUCAGUGGAUCAUACCAUACUUAUGAAAUGGCAAAUGUCUGUUUCCUUCAGAUACAGCCCUUUCAGAGCACUCAGAAUUUUCUGUUGAGGACAGGUGAUUGAUUGCUUGUCACUUGCAGUCAACCCCAUUGAGUCCCCCAAAAUGACAGCAUUCACAAACUAAAGCCAAAAUUGUAUUUUUAAAGUUAAAAUUGAAUCCAGGUUUCCUGACUUUCUCUUCCUCCCUUUUUUUGUUUUUCCCUUCCUUUUUGUAUGUCUCAAAGCCAUUGCAUUGUGUGGAAAUUUGUCUCCGUGCCCUGGAGAGCUUUUGCCUUUAGCUGUUUUCCUUAAGGAAAGCACUGGUGGUAGGUCAUUAAUGCUCAUUUAUUUUUAAAAUUCAAUUUGUAUCUCUCAUCAGUUUCUAAGGUUAUGAGAUGAACUUUGGUUUACAGAGAAAAGUAUAGUUUAAAAGUUAGAACACUCAAGUUCUGAUGAGAUAUCUGUAUAAUCACCAACACACUUUUCUAAACAGAAUGCUGAACAUUUCAAACAAUAAAAUAAAUUUUAAAAAGAAUGAACAAAACAGUUUAAAUAUUAAUCAUUCUAUGCACCAGAGACACUUUGCUAGCACCAUGGAUAGAAAAAUUAGUGAGACAGUCCUAGUUUAAAACUUACACUCUAAGGAGAGGACUAGGAUUUCCAGGCUCUGUGCUAUGUGAGAUGAUGGCAGCAGCCCCAAGAUACCAUAGGGGCUCCAGGUCAGAGGAUUCUCUGGCGGGGAGGGGGGAGGACAAAGCUUUAGGAAUUCCAGGGAAAUUCAUGAGCAAACAAGAAGUGCGACAGCUACUGAUGACCAUACGUGCUGUGUAUAACUUGAGCGCAAAGUGUGAGGCAGGACUGGGAGGAGGAACAACCAAGAUUCUGGGCACCCUGACCUUGUAGGCCAAGGGGCCUGUGCUGGAAUGGGUCCGGCUAAAGAGUUCUAGGCAAGGAAGUGGCAGUUGGUUUUAGUUUCAGGAGGAUUGGACUGUCAGCGUGGAAUGGGAAAAUGGGUGGCAGAGUACAUGGUACUGAAUGAACAAAGGCAGGUGGAGUAACAUUUUAUCGUGUGUGUAUAUUUAUAUCUGUGAUGUAUUUCUAUAUUGUUUAUUUGAAAAUUGUAUUUCAAAUGACAGUAGCAUCAUGAUUUACUGCAUUUCUUUGAAUAUUAAUGAGGUUGACUUUUUUUUUUUUUCAUUCCUUGUCCUUUUACAAAUCUUUUAUGAUAAACAUGUGUAAGUCUUUUGCUUAUUAUUCUCCUAGGAUAUUCUUUUUCUUUUUUUUUUUUGAUAUUCUUUUUCUUAACAAACAUGAUCUUCCUUUCUAUAUCAGGAUAGUCUUCAGUUUAUAUUUGUUUGGAAUAUUUUCUACUUUGUUUGGGGUACUUUUGCCAUGUACUCUUCAACUACAGGCUGGAUUCUGUCCCUGCAGCCUUGGUGGGACUGACACAAAUAGAUCCCUAAAGUACAUCGGAUAAAAGCCAGGAGUAUCUUGAGGGAAUUUUAAUAUACCCAGACUCGGGAAUUCCCUGGAGAUCCAAUGAUUAGGACUCUUUGCUUUCACUACUGAGAGCCCAGGUUUAAUCCCUGAUCAGGGAAUGAAGAUCCCACAAGCUGCACAGCAAGGCCAAAUGUAUAUGUAUACACAUACACACAGGCUUCUGCUGGAGGCCUUUGUCUUCAUCCAGAGAUUCAAAUAGAGGUCUUAUAUGAAUUGAGUUAAUUCUUUUUCCUUUUUUCUCUAAGAGGAUUCUCCAUCCUUGGCGCUAUGGCCAUUUUAAGUUAUAUAAUCUUUGUUUCAGGGACUGUUUCUUUGUUUUCACAGGGUGAAAUCUUUGUUUCACCCUGUGCAUCAUAGGGUGUUUAGCAGUAUGACUACUGGGAUGCCUGUAGCAACCUCUAGUUGUAACAACCAAAAAUGUCUCCAUGUAAUAGCAGGAUGAGCACAGCCCUUAGCAGGCAGCCAUUGCUGUGCCUUAUUAUUCCAUACCCUGUUACUAGGCAACAGAUGUUGGUUGGUACCUCAGUAGGUCCUGCCCACAAGCAAGCAUCAAUGAGCGGCUGUUAGUUGCCCUGUCCAGCUAUUGGUCAGAACCACAGUGGGCCCUGCCCACAAGGAACUGUCAGUGAGGGACCAUUAGGGAAGCGAUUCAGCCAGGGUCAGUGGUGUGGUGGUCAUCAGGUGGAGAGUGAGGUAAGAGGCAGAUUCAGGCCUUCUCCUAGAGGCCCUCCAGCUUACCCAGCCUUGGGCCAACUGGUAAGCUGGCGGGCCCAGGGAGCAGGCUGUACACUCUGUCCUGCUGGGCUCCAGAGUCCUCACUCAGGCCCUCCAUGCUGAGGCCCAGGCCUUGAGGCAGCAGUGAACGUGUCUGUGACCUAAUAGCAGUGCCCGUUUGUCUGGGUCACAGUCUGUGAGACCUGGUCUCCCUUACUUGGGCAGCCUGAGGAGACUGAGGGCCAGUUGGGUUGGAUGCCCGGCUCCCUCAGGGAUGACAGGUGGGCAGAGAGUGGGGAACCUGGCCGUGAGGAGCUGUAGCUGAGCUCUGCCUCCUCUUAGCCAGGACUGGGACCUCAGAGGGUGAAAGUUGUGCCUUGGGACUUUGCCCUUUCUUGUCAGGACAGAGUAACAUUAUUCUGUUAACAAUAAACAAAUAACAUUCAUUUGGUAGAGCUUUACAGGAAAGUCAUUACCAAACCAUGACCUGACCACAAAGAUUCUGAUACCAAGAAGUUUGCAACAACUCACCACAACAUUCCCUCACCUUUUGCUCUUAAAGGGGCUUGCUAAAAGUUUUCAGUAAUUUUGGGGUUCUUAGGACAUGAGCCGCCCAUUUCCCUGUAUGAAUGUGUAAUAAACUUUUCUCGGUUCCAAA